UCCCCGCCCUUAGUGACGUAACGGUGACGUGCUCCGGCCUCUCUUUCUCCUGGUCGUCGAGCUGCACAGGGGAAUUUCUCGGAAGAGGCCUACGUUGUUUGUUUUCCGUACCCACCCGCCCCGUCUUUGGCCCGUUUCCUGCCUGCCUUACGUUUGGGCAUCUUUUUUAUGAAUAAUCAAAAGCAACAAAAGCCAACGCUAUCUGGCCAGCGUUUUAAGACCCGAAAAAGAGAUGAAAAGGAGAGGUUUGACCCUACACAAUUUCAAGACUGCAUUAUUCAAGGCUUAAACGAAACUGGCAACGAUUUGGAAGCAGUAGCAAAGUUUCUUGAUGCUUCAGGAGCGAAACUUGACUACCGACGCUAUGCAGAAACACUCUUUGACAUCCUGGUGGCUGGUGGGAUGCUGGCACCAGGUGGUACUUUGGCUGACGACGUGAUCCGUACCAAUGUCUGUGUGUUUACUGCACAGGAAGAUCUAGAGACCAUGCAAGCAUAUGCUCAGGUUUUUAACAAGCUUAUCAGACGUUAUAAAUACCUGGAAAAAGGCUUUGAAGACGAGGUCAAGAAGCUGUUGCUGUUUCUGAAAGGUUUUUCAGAGUCUGAGAGGAAUAAGCUGGCCAUGCUCACUGGUAUACUUCUGGCCAAUGGAAAUCUUUCUGCGUCAAUUCUCAACAGUCUCUACAAUGAGAACUUGGUUAAAGAAGGUGUCUCAGCAGCGUUUGCUGUAAAAUUAUUUAAAUCAUGGAUCAAUGAAAAGGAUAUAAACGCAGUGGCUGCUAUGCUUCGUAAGGUUAACAUGGACAACAGGCUUAUGGAACUUUUCCCUGCAAACAAGCAGAGUUUAGAACACUUCACAAAAUAUUUCACUGAUGCGGGAUUAAAAGAGCUUGCGGAAUAUGUGAGAAAUCAACAAACGAUUGGUGCUCGCAAGGAGCUUCAGAAAGAAGUCCAAGAAAUGAUGUCCCGAGGAGAGCCACUCAAAGAGAUUAGUAUGUACAUAAAAGAAGAAAUGAAGAAAAACAUCUCUGAGCAAACAGUUAUUGGUAUCCUAUGGUCAAGUGUUAUGAGCUGUGUCGAAUGGAAUAAAAAGGAGGAGCUGGUUACAGAGCAAGCCAUCAAACACUUGAAGCAAUACAGCCCUCUCCUUGCUGCCUUUACUACACAAGGUCAGUCUGAGCUGACUUUGCUGCUGAAAAUUCAGGAGUAUUGUUAUGACAACAUUCACUUUAUGAAAUCCUUCCAGAAAAUCGUGGUGCUUUUUUACAAAGCUGAAGUUCUAAGCGAAGAGCCCAUUUUAAAGUGGUACAAAGAUGCACAUCUUGCAAAAGGAAAGAGUGUCUUUCUGGAACAAAUGAAAAAAUUUGUUGAGUGGCUCAAGAAUGCUGAAGAAG